CAGAACGACAUCAAGAAGCUGCGCAGGGAGAACGAGCAGCUGCGCAGAGAGAUAUGGAGCCUGAGGGACGAGUACGACAAGCUCGAGGAGAUACUGAAGAGGCAAAAGUGCCGGCCGGAAAGCGAAGAAUACGAGGAUCGCUCCGACGAGGAUGACGAGCUGCGAUCCAACUACUCGUUCGAAGAGGACGAGGAGGAGCUCAGCCAAGACGGCGAUGAGGCCGCCAAAGAGCAGGACAGAUCCGAGCAGUUAGAGAACGCGGAGAAUCAGAAGAUCUCCACGGAGAAAAUGGCCAGCAACGGGCUGCACCGGCUGCACGUGGACUUUGACGACCUGUCAGUGGUCGACGAAGAGGAGGAGCUGAAAAGAGACAAGGACAAGAAGGAAGUUCCUGCGGAGGACGUGCGAGGGCGGCCGAACGAAGAGAAAAGUCCACUUUCCAUCCUGAAGCCGAGGCAACUUCACGAGAACAUUCCGUUUUAUCCUGGCGCCUAUCAGUCGCCGGCUUGCUUGAGCAGUCCCGCUUACUACACCGAGUGUCCCUUCAAGUUCCCGAGCACGCUGAACCUAAUGAUGCCUGCCAACGCGUCGUCGGCGAUGCUGGCCUCUCCGAGAAUGAACGCGGAGCCGAUGGUCCCGAUAUCGAGCCUAACCGGGCCAAGCGUGGACGAGAUCGACGAUCAUCAAAUACUGCACGCGCCGCCGGCAGGCUGGCAGAACAACGUCGCGAUGAGACACUCGUUCGGAGCGAGCGACCUUGACGGGGUGCAGAGCUUUGCCGGGAUUCAUCAAGAGCAACUGAAGCAACAACCGUUCGCACCGACGGUCGCCGGUCUCCCCAAUUUCCCAAGCUUCCCUCAGAAGAGGGGCGCUGGCUUGAGGCUGUCGAGCAAUCCGUUCAACGCGACGUCCACCACGUUUGGAAACGGUCGUCAGAGGAGCUCGGAGAAGAUGGUUGAAAAUGGUUGGGGCACGAGCCUGGUGGACGCCGACGACAGAAGGAAGAACACGGAGGCAGAAGAAGGUGCAAACUGUGUGUCGGGAACCGAGAAACCGAAACACUUCUUUGCCCCGCUGCCUUUGAAAUUGUCGAAGAAACAGAUGGAGGAACCUUCGCCGACGAUCAGCCGCUCUGGAACCGGGAACAGUUCCAGCAGUGGGAAGACAGGGUCCACCGUAGUCUCGAAAAGUCAAUUGACGCCUCGAAAGGGAUCGGCCGAUCUCUACGUGGACGGGGCGAUCCCGCGCGAGGACAAUCCCGCGCUGGACGACAGAAGCGGACAGAGGACGUUCUUCAGUAUAGACAACUUAUUGAUCGCCGAUGCGAAGACGGCCACGGUCAAUCAACUGACAAAGUCGUUGUCGUGGCAGGAUCUACCCAGCAAGUGUCAGCCCGACGGCAAGCAACAGAUGUUGACCCGGAGUGACAACACUUUGGACAAUAUAUCGGACUCGAAGCCUUACAAAUCGUACCUAAACGUGACACUGAGGACGCCGCGCGUCGAACAGACGGUCAGCCCUGGCACCCCGGAGAUCCCCGAGUUACCCACGAUGGACUAUCGGCUCUUCAAGAACCCGUUCCUGCGAACUUUCGAGCCGACCGCCGGCUACGCGAGCCGGAACAACGUCACCAGACCCUUGUCCGUUCAAGUGAACGACGACAGCCUGUACUACUACCCUCCGCAGCCUCAAGUGUCCACCUUUGGCAGAGUUCCUCUCGCCGACAGGUACAAGCCGGCUCAACAGUCGGACAAGAAUCGCCUCUUGAUCCCGUCCAAUCAAUUGAUCAACGGGAAACUAACGUCUCCGACGAGCAAGCCUCAGAUCCAGGUGACGUCCUUCGAAAGACCGAGCCCCCAUACUCUGGUGGGUCCGACAAACACUUACGAGUUCAACGCCAUACGCAGGUUGAACGCCAACCCUUACUUGCACACCCAGAACUUGUACCAGAACGUGCCGUUCGUUCCGCGAGGAGGCUUGUACCCGCAGAGAGGAAUGAUGUAUUACGACAAUCUGGCGCUCAAAGUGCCAGCUCAGACGCAGACCUCUAUAGACGGGGACUCGCAUCAUCAGGAGGACGAGCACGCGUUGUCCCGCGAAGAGAGCGCGCCGAGUACGCCGAGCGGGCGUAGAAAGAGGACGGUCAGAAAGGAGAAAGCUGCGUCGCCUGUAGCUCAGAGGAAGUACAAGAAACAGAGCAGCGUCACGUCGCCGGAAGCGGGAGAGUCAAUGGGAAUGGGGAAAGUGGGAUGGAAGAAGCCUACGAGACUGAGCACCACAACGACCACGUCCGAGGGCCAGGAGGACAAGAACGAGAGCAGAUCGUCCUCGUCGGGUCAAGACUCGCCGAAGAAGGAGCAGAUGAGGAGGGUGUCCCUGUACUUCAACGCGAAGAAGAGGCCAUCUCUGACCUCGGUGAGGACGGUGAGGAGCGGCAGCUCGGACACUGGCCGAGAAAAGGAGGCGACGGCGCUGAACUCCGAGAGGGAGAGGACCAAUUCUGUUAGCAGCCGAGAGAUCGGCAGCGGAGGGAAGGCGAGGAAAGCGAGCACCAGCAGCGGGAACGUGCCUUGGUGCGCCUGCUGGGGCAACGGUCCAGGAGGAGCAGUAUCGACCUUCAGUGUAACUAGAAGGCAACCGCUGCAGCCAAUGGGGGAGGUCGUAAAACUAGCGCCGGCAGAACCAGGACACCAUAAAACCCGUUACCCCGUUCAGGUGACAGUUGCAACCGUGGUGGUGUUCUUGCCAGGAAUACAGAAGCACCGGUCUCUGCCCUCUGCGCCGAUGCUCGAGAAGCAAGUGAAUCGAAUUAGGGGAUUAAUAUUUAACGAGGGAUCGGAUGCUCCGGCCAGACCUCUCCCGUCGAUGAUCGCCUCGAUAAAAGUUUCGCGAACUGUGCCAGAACCAUCCAAUUUUGUUAUCGAUUGCUCU